GCGAGGAAACGGACAGUUUCGAGGUAUCGUGACUUUUAUUUGUAUGUUUUGAACUUCAGAAGUAGAAAGUUAUUUUUAUUAUAGUUUCUGUGCUAUUUCUGGUACAAAAUAUGACUUGCUUUGAUGGUCAUUAUAGGAUUGCUUUUGUUCUCGGCUUACUUGACGUGUUGAAUUUCUGUAAAACGUACCGUGGUGACUUACUGAAACUUAAUGCAGCAGUGAAAGACACUUGAUGAAGAAAGCAACAUCGCCGUUUAAUAGGUCGUUAAACUUUGAAGUGAGACUAGUAUCAAUCUAGAAAAAUAGCCAGACAGCAUCGGUGAUGGGAUAUGAAACGAGAGAGGAAAACCGAAACUGAGAAACACAUUCGACAUUAUUCUGUUAAUCUGCCAGAAGAUGUGGCUCAGAAUUUUAUCUCAAGACCAACUACUUACAGAACAGCUGCAAUAGUACUUAACAGCAACAAGUCGAGCUGAAGUCUCAUUGUUUGAUUCAGGAGUGAAAACUGAAGUAUUCCUUUAGCAUAUAUUUCUUAUUGAAAUUGACACUUUAUUUACACAAAUAGAUUAAAAAUAAAUCAAAUGGCAGCAAAACAGAAUGGUAUGAAUUUUGUGCUUAAUACAAAUGUUGACAUCUCAAAGGAAGCCAAGGAACAAGUCAAGGAAGAAAAUGAAUUUUAUGGUAAUAAAGUUGCACUUGCAGAUGAUUCACUCAGUUUUCAAGAGGAUGAUACUCUAGUAUCAGAAUUACUGAAGGAUGAUGAACCUGAUGAAGCUGACAAUGCAAGUAAUGCAGAAAAAGUAACAGAAAAAGAUGAGGAUGUGAACAGUGUGGACAGAGCUUCUAGUAGCAAUGCAGACAAUUUUACUCCAGCUGUUUUAGAAGUAAAUGAUGAUGUCGUGAAAUAUGCUUCUUUUAGCACAUCAGAUGAAAGAAACAAUAAUGAUAAUAUUCCUACAUCAUCUUACAAAAUGAAAGUAUUAGAAGUAAAUGCAGAACUGUCUAAACAUAACCUCCCUGCAAAUCUUCUUAUUGCAGUGAGCCUUGAAGGAAGCAGUCAAAACAGCGAAGGUUGCAGAAGUACAGACAGUGCAAACAAAUUUGAAGUUGAAAAUGGUGGAUGUGUGGAAGGUUUUGCACCUGGUGAAACAUCAAGAAUAAUGAGAAAUGUAAUAGUGAUUAGUAUAGCAUUUAUGGUACAUUUCACUGCUUUCUGUGGCACAAGCAACUUACAGAGUUCAAUAAACGCUGUUGGAGGACUAGGUACUGCAUCACUCAUGUCCAUCUAUGUUUCUAUGAUGAUCUCCACCAUCUUUCUACCAGUCAUUGUCAUCAGGUGGUUGGGUUGUAAAUGGACCAUGGCUGCAUCAUUGAUAUGCUACGUGCCAUACAUUCUUGCACAAGUAUAUUCACGCUUCUAUACACUGAUACCAGCAGGAUUUCUUGAUGGAUUGGGUGCAGGCCCAUUGUGGUGUGCUAAAUGUAUUUACCUCAAUGUGGUGGCAGAGAUGUACUCCAAGAUAACUGGUGUGUCAGUUGACACAGUACUAGUGCGAUUCUUUGGUAUCUUUUUUAUGAUCUAUGAACUGUCUGAAGUGUGGGGAAACCUCAUUUCAUCUGCAGUACUGUCUGUUGGAAAGACAAAUGUGAACAUGUCAAUUGAUCUAGGAGAGGUAUGUGGUGUUAACUUUUAUCCUGGAAGUGAAUUACUGGCUAAUCCUAACCUUGAGAGGCCACCUGAAGGAAAGAUUUGGACCUUUGUACUUAUCUACCUUGGUUGCAUGGUUCUUGCUAGCUUGAUCAUCACAUUUGGUGUUGAUUCUCUAAAAAGGUAUAAUGAGGCUGGCCGUGUGGGCAGUGGUGCAGGUAUGACUGGAGUACAGUUGCUGAUUGUGACAAUCAAACUCCUCAAGGAUCCCAAGCAAUUGUUAUUACUUCCAAUCACAGCAUGGCUUGGAGUGGGGCAAGUCUUCAGGGGCUCUGACUUCACUAUAGCCUAUGUCUCCUGCGCAUGGGGCAUUUCAAAUAUUGGCUAUGUAAUGAUAGUGUAUGGUGUGACCCAUUCAGUAUCAGCCAUAUUGACUGGCUACAUCGUGAAGCUGACAGGAAGGCUAUUCACAGUGUGCUCUGCCAUGAUUCUACAAAUUGGUAUCAUUAUUACAUUGCUCAUAUGGAAACCUGAGCCUGCUGACAGUAUAAUGUUCUUCAGUAUUUCUGGUAUGUGGGGAAUUGUGGAUGGAGUGUGGCUUGUGCAAAUCAAUGCAUUGUGUGGCAUGCUGUUCCCUGGGAAUGAAGAGGCAGCAUACAGCAACUACAGAAUGUGGCGCUCUGUGGGAUUCAUCUCAGCAUAUGCAUACAACCCUUACUUGUGUACCAGCACCAAGAUCUACAUCCUUCUGGCACUACUUAUCAUUGGCAUGGGUGGCUAUAUAAUCAUUGAAUGGGGUGAGAUGAACAAAAAGAGAGAUAAUUGCAAGAAAUGAAUCCAGUGAUUUGCUUAAUUAUUUUCAAGUAACAGGUAAAUUUUAUUGAAGUACUAUAAUUAUUUUAAUUGGAUUACACUUUUCAAUGUAUACUGCUUUUAAAAAUUAGGUACAGUAAUGAGAAGAAUGAGUUGAAGUCAAUAUUAAUAUUGGUAUGUGUGUGUAAGAAUUCUGAAAUCUAGAGAUGACAGGUCUUGGCAGAAUAAAAUGCGUAACAGGAUGGUAAGGUAAAGUAAAGUUAAGAUUCAUAAUGCCAUUUCGUGUUUUAAAAUCGUUUAUUCCUGAAGCACUGCACUGAGCAAAAACAUCCCUGUGUUUUGUUGUUAAUUUGUAUGUGAAGGCUUCAUUCUGCAAUGGGUUAUGAAAAAAAGUUUGGUAAUGUUUCUGAAAGUGUUAUUUGCCUAACACAAACCGUUGUGCAGUUUAAUUGAACAAAAAUAAAUAUUAGAACUGGUA